GAACUUUCGAUUUAACCGUUCUGGUCAAUCAAACGGUAAACCAGACAAACUCAUCUCAUUAACUCAAUCAAAUCAAAUCAGGUCAAUCUUGGACCCAGCGAGUUGGUUCUUCUUUCUUUCGAUUACACCGGAAAUCUAAUUUAACCAAGAAGACUUCAACAUCAAGAAGCUUGCCGUCUCGACACGACUUUUGUACCUCAACGGCAACCUUUCUUCGAGAAACCGACAUACUAAACAACACGAUCGCUCUAGAAUGGCUGUUAACACUCCUAAUGAAUCACUCGUUCAAGCGCUCCUUACCACCCCCACGCCUGGAACCCAACCAGACCCCAAACCUCAUCAGAUUUCAGAAAGUCAGACCAAAAUCUUAGAUAAACUCAUUGAACAUUUCUCAUCAUCAGAUUUCAAACUUCCAACUAGUUUACCAAUUUCAUCUGCCACAGAAGAAUCGAAAAAACCUCUUUCAGAUUGGGAAAAAUGUUCAUUACUCAAUAGAGAAGCAUUAGUCAGAUGUCUUAAAGCUGAUAAAUGGGAGCUAGAGCGAUGUUUGAAAAGAGUUGAAGAGACGAUCGUUUGGAGGAGAGAUUGGGGAGCCGAUACAGUAGAAAUAGAACCACAACAGGCAUCUGCAGUUAGAGCUGAGGCUGAGACAGGAAAGAUGUUUGUCCUGGGUUAUGACAAAUUUGCUCGUCCUAUAGUUCACAUGAGACCAAGAUUUCAAAACACUUCAAUUAGUCCAAUGAGAUUACAAUUCUCAUUUUGGUUAAUAGACCGUGCCAUUGAUUUAAUGCCACUUGGAGUAGAAUCGGUACUACUCAUGAUCGACUUAUCAGGUCCUCAAGAAAGUCCUGCUCUCAAACAGCAGAGGGAGUUUGUUAAUAUCUUGAGUGCACAUUAUUGUGAGAGGUUGGGUCAAGCACUAGUCUUGAACAUGCCAAAGCUGUUUGUCUGGGUCUUGAGAUUACUUAAACCUCUAAUCGAUCCAAUAACGUAUUCCAAGGCAAUCUUUGAGCAACCUGACCCCCUCAAAUCUGCCCCCGGUGAACAAUUAGAUGAUACACUUGGAGGUACCAAUGGAUUUACUUUUGACAUUGAAUCUUAUUGGCCAACUCUGAUGAACGAGUGUCAAUCACGUCGAAGUCAACGGUUAGCACAAUGGACUUCAACUGGAAAGAAAGUUGGUUCAAGCGAAUGGGAUGUCAAUAAUUCCAAUGAAGCAGAAAAGAAUGAAAAAUCCACUAUCAACAAUUCAGAUUCUAGUCAUUCUCUUCCACCAACAUCUACAGCCACCUCAUCUACUGAUACAUCGAAUCAUGAUCAACCUACAUCAACUCCUGUUACUUUAGUCAUCGAAUAAUCUUUUUUCCCGUAUCUCGCAUUUCAUCAGAUCCACUUCAACUUUGAAACUUACUUGUAUAGAAGCUAAACCGUAUGAUAAUUUUCUCAAUAAUUUGUAUCUAACCUCUUUCUUUCUUUCUCAUCUGCAUUGGAUAACAUCAUUUAUUUUUUUCGCCAAGCACGAAUCCGCACUUAUUAUUUCGAUCACAAUGCAUUGCAUUUAUUAUUUCGAUCACAACGCAUACUACGCAAGUUCCUAAAAUAUGUCCUGCUUGAAUAUGAAAGAAGCCAUAAUAUUAGAGUCACAUCAGAUUUACCUAAU